GAGAAGGAGAAGGAGAAGAAAGAAGCCAAGGUUGCUUUUCUAUGGGUUGCGAUUGAGUACAUCAUAAAAAAAAUAAAAAAAAAAAAUUUUGACCGCCAUAACUGAUUCCAGUUGGAGAUUUGAAGCUCCAAACCAACCUCUAAUCACUCUUUGGCUUUAUAUUUAUACUCACUCCUCCCCCAUUUCGCCCACAUUUGCUUUCUAUUUGCCUCUCCCAAAUUACACUGUGUUGGGUUUUGGAGUGGGAAUUUAGCACCGGAAUUGAGCUCAAUUUUGCCGCUCACAUGGACCCAACCGCCGGAAACGUACCCGGAUCCGCUGUACCCGGACCCGACCACGAAGAACCCGGACUCGAGACUCUCCAAUUCCGCGAGGAAAUCCAGCGGCUGAUGACGGUGCCGCCGGACAACGCCAGCUCCUUCACGGCGCUUCUGGAACUUCCGCCGACCCAAGCCAUGGAGCUCCUCCACCUCUCGCCGGAGUCCGAACCUAAUCCGGCUCCGGCCGCGGUUUCCGGCAAGCCGCCGCUGCUCGAGCCCUGCGCGCAUCCUUUCAAUUCCAGCCUCACGUUUCCCAGCAACGCCGCCCUAAUCGAACGCGCCGCCAAGUUCUCGAUCUUCGGCGGCGGCGAGCAGUCGCCGGAGACGGGGGCCGUGCCGUCCAAUCCCGGCGUCAACUUGGAGAAGGUGAAGAGCGAGCCUGCCGAGUCCGAUUCGAACCCUAACUCGUCGCAGGAGACUAAGAACAACCAAAGGUCGUCGGCCAAGAGAAAGGAGCGAGAAAAGAAGGUCAAGGUAUCAAUGAAAAAGAGCAAAAUUGAAGCUAAGGAAGAUGCUGACAAGAUUCCCUAUGUUCACGUUCGAGCUCGCCGGGGUCAAGCUACAGAUAGCCAUAGCUUAGCAGAGCGAGCGAGGAGAGAGAAAAUUAAUGCGAGGAUGAAGCUGCUACAGGAGCUGGUCCCAGGAUGCAAUAAGAUUUCAGGUACCGCCUUAGUUCUAGAUGAAAUCAUCAAUCAUGUGCAGUCCCUACAACGUCAAGUUGAGUUCUUAUCGAUGAGACUUGCGACAGUCGACCCAAGAAUUGAUAGCAACCUUGAUCAUUUAUUGGCCACUGAAAGUCUAUCUCUAAUGCAAAGUAACUUCUCCAAUAUGACUCCACCCAUUAUGUGGCCAGAACUUCCCAUCAAUGGGAACAGACAACAGUAUCAACAGCAAUGGCAUUUUGAUGCUCUUCAUCAGCCAGGUUGGGGGAGGGAAGAAGAUAAUCAUAUUUUCAUUACUCCAGAGGCCUCACUCAUCAGUUGCAACUCUUCGGCAAAUUCAGCAUCUCUGCACACAGGUCACGUGAAGACGGAGCUGUGAAGACAGUAAUUAAGUUGUACCGUCAGAAAUGUACAUAUCAAGUAUAGUAUUAUUAGCAGUUAGCUGGAAGUAGAGGAGAUUGUUCAGCAUUCAUGGUGGAUUUCUGUGUUCUCUAUUUUAUCAGGGGCAGUUAAAAAUCCUGGUUUUCCUCACCUAGAGGAAUCGAUUUGGUAUGGUGUUGUUAUAAGAUAGAACUAUAUAGUAUUAUAUUAUAUAUAUAUUAUACUAACAUUGAGGGUCACUCAAUCUGAUACUUAUUUUUUGAACUGGUUGAUUUGAUUCCUAUUGUAAAAUCAUUGAAACACCCAUUUGCUGUACUA